GAAGAAAAAAAAAAGUGUUCUACUUUACUUGCUUCUUCAGCUAAGCACCAAAAUAUAUAUAUAACAAACAACAUAGUGUUGUUCAUCUUCUCAUUCAAAUGGCAGAUCACCAAAGAAUCCACCCCGAAACGGUCGAGCCGCCGACGCCCGACCUAGAAUCACAACAAAAGCCCACCGCACCAUUGGUACCCCGAGGCUCAUCGCGGUCUGAAAACGGUCACCCAACCGAACCACACCCGCCUUUCCAGCGCACCAUCCCGAUCCAGUACUCCAAACCACCAAAAAAGAAAAACUGGUGCCGCCGGUGCCUAUGUUGUACACUUUGUGUAGUAUUCACACUCGUGAUUCUUAUAGGCGUGUUAGCAGCAGUCGUGUACUUUGGGUUCGAUCCAAAACUGCCAAAAUACUCGGUUGAUGGUAUGACCAUCACUCAGUUCAAUCUCAACACCGAUAACUCGUUAUCGGCUCAGUUCAACGUCAACAUUACAGCGAGAAAUCCCAACACGAAGAUUGGAAUCUCCUACGAAGGUGGAUCAAAACUGACCGUGAUCUACAUGGGUACGGUCCUUUGUGAAGGAGCAUGGCCCAAAUUCUAUCAGGGCCAUAGAAACACCACCGUAUUAAACGUCCCUUUAACGGGUCAAACUCGAGAUGCUACCGGGCUAUUAACCUCGCUAAAUGCCCAGCAACAGACCGGAACAGUUCCUUUAGUGCUUAGAGCUAAAGUUCCGGUGAGAAUUAAGCUUGGUAAGUUAAAAUUACCCAAGUUUAAGCCGUUGGUGAGGUGUCGGGUGAAUGUGAAUACGUUAUCUACUGAUAAUGUUAUCAGAAUCAGGGAUAGCAGUUGCAGUUUCAAAUUUAGGUUAUAGAUGAUGUAUAAUUCUUUCGAUUUAUUUCCCGUUGUUUUUCGGGAGGGUUGUAUUAUUAUUAUUAUUAUUAUUAUUAUUAUUAUUAUUAUUAUUA